AUGGCGUUUCCAAACUCCCUUCCCGCAGAUCAGUGGGCAGGAAGCGUUGGGGAAGUUGAGAUUGAAUGGACGCUGGCUGCCAAAAAUUGGCUUCCGGCGACAGCGGUUCAAUAUAAAAUAACAAGCACUGAGAUGAAAGCAGCCACUGAGCAUCUUUCCAUGCAACUCGCAAAAGAAUUACGGCAGAGAAGAAUUCUGAUCCGCGGGGCCUUUCACAACACAACAACAAUACAGGCUGCCAAGGUAUAUGAUGGAUGCCACAUCACAGUGGCUCUUAGCGGAGUAUCGGUGCACAUCUAUGUCAACCUUGUGGUAGGGCUCCCAAUUCAGGAUGUGCAGAUUAUUAGAAGAACCCAUAUCACCAAUGGCAUGGUCGUACCCUUCUAA